AUGAAACAUUUGCAGGCACAAGGCGUUCUGAACCUUGGGUUCUGCAUGCAAAAACACUCUGAUGGGACAGUGACCCUGCCAAUCAUACCAUCCUGCCUACCCCAGCUUGAUCUCCAAAGUCUCCAAAACAGUGGCCACUGGCAGCACAUGGGAAACUGUGAGGAUCCAGGUAAUGGCAGCUAUUAGGAGGAUGCACAAUGUCAAAGAUUGUCUAUUAUAUUGACAAGAUAUUAGAGCAGGGAUGGGCAUACUGCCUGAGAGAGAGAGAGAGAGAGAGAGAGAGAGAGAGAGAGAGAGAGAGAGAGAGAGCAGAUGUCACUGAGUCUGAGGUGCUGAAGGAGCUCCUUAAACUUGACCCCAAAAAUCCAUCUGGGUCAGAUGGUUUAGACCAGGGCUGCCCAACCCUCUUCCUGGAGAUCUACUGUCCUGUAGGUUUUCAGUCCAACCCCAAUUUAGCGUAUCUGAUUCAGCUAAUAAGUAGAAUCAGCUGUGUUAAAUUAGGGUUGGACUGAAAACCCACAGGACGGUAGAUCUCCAGGAAGAGGGUUGGGCAGCCCUGGUUUAGACCCUUUCUUCUUUAAGGUUACAGCCCCUAUCAUCGCCAAAUGUCUGACCUUUUUAACCCGUCCCCACAGGAGGCAUUUUGCCUUUUGGUAGGCCGUCAAUGUAAAUAAGAAUUUGUUCUUAACUGACUUGCCUAGUUAAAUAAAGGUUAAAUGUAGCUCAGCUGGUAGAGCACGGCGCUUGUAACGCCAAGGUAGUGGGUUCGAUCCCCGGGACCACCCAUACACAAAAAUGUAUGCACGCAUGACUGUAAGUCGCUUUGGAUAAAAGCGUCUGCUAAAUGGCAUAUUAUUAUUAUUAUUAUUUAUUAUUUAAAUAAAACAAAUAAAAAAAACUGGUGGCCCGCGGACCCCCCCCAAAAAAAGUGUUUUCUUUUUUUAGGAACUCAGUCGAGUAUCAACUUACUAUUGAGAGCUGAUGAGUUCCGUUUUAUUUUGGCCCCCACCCCCAUCAAAGUUGCCCAUCCCUGUAUUAGAGUGACCGCUCUAACGAUGGAAAUACAUGUCCUCAAAGAUGGUGGGACCAUUCUAGCCAAAGAGAGGGCAUAUGCAUGCAAACAACAGGCCAGAGAGAUAGAGGACUCAUCUUUGUAUCUGUGCCAUUAUAGUGUCUGUGACACCAUUUUAAAGUAGUACAUUUUCUUCUUCAUUGGCUGAUUGCUCCCAACUCAUAGGAAUCCCCACCCAGUUGAUUACUUUAAAAUGGUGGAAGCCCUUGACGACAAUGUCCACGCUGAAACGGGUUAUUGGAUAACCAUGAUGAGUCCUAUCUCUAUGACAACAGGCACAACUCCAAUAUAAAGUUGUUUUCAGGUAAGUUGCCGAAAUGCCACGUGUCCACUUAUAUCCGUGCAUUUGUAACAACUUAACCAUUACGAAACUUCUAUUCAAUCAAAUAAGCCUCACGUGGCAAAUUAGAAAGCUUUAUUUGUUUGACCAAAUUCGACAGUCUUAUUUUCUCCCACCAGAGGGAUGUUUCCAUCAAACUGCCAUUUAUGCCGGAUAAAAGUAUUUGCUUGAUGACGUAGUGCACAUAACAAUAAUUGUUGCAGUUAAAUUCCCACGUACCAAACAAAAUUUGAAGUUAAAUGGGUUUCCAUCGCAUUUUCAACUCUGUUUUUUUCACUAUACAGUGCCUUCAGAAAGUAUUUAUACCCUUUGACUUAUUCCACAUUAGUUGUGUCAUAGCCUGAAUUCAAAAUGGAUUAAAUAUAAUUUUCUCACCCAUCUACACACAAUACCCCAUAAUGAUGCGCUGAGGAGUAUUUCUGUCUGUAAUAAAGCCCUUGUGUGGGGGGAAAAUCAUUCUGAUUGGCUGGGCCUGGCUCCCCAGUGGGUGGGCCUGGCUGCCAAGUGGGUGGGCCUAUGCCUCCAAGUCAUGUGAAAUCCAUAGAUUAGGGCCUAAUGCAUUUAUUUCAAUUGACUGAUUUCCUUAUAUGAACUGUAACUCAGUAAAAGUUUUGAAAUUCUUGCAUGUUGCUUUUAUAUUUUUGUUCAGUGUUACAAACCCCGUGGCUUUAAACGUCUAGGGUGGAUGGACAAGAGACCCGUAACAUAAUUCAUGCAAAUUAGAAUUGUGACAUGGAACAGUGAGAACAAAAACUACACGACAACCAUAAACUACAGUCAAACAUAAAAUGUUUAUUUUUGAACACACGGUAAAGGUUUGGGGAAAAGGGCUGAGCAGGACCCAAGAAAUGAAACAAUGUAAAAAAAAAAAAAAACUGAUCUUGCCUGCCUCAAGAACCGCUAAGCUACUGCUAAUCAUUCAAAAAUUACAGUGGGUGGUCCGCUCAGGUCUAACUAGUGUUUUUAGACAGUUUUCUUCCUACGGGUAAUGUAUGCCCAAUGGCAACUUGCUUAAAUUCCCCUUUUCCCAGAAACACACAACAAAGUUACCAAACAGAGUAACCAGCAAAUGAGUGCGUACACAGGACACCACAGUAUCCAUACUCACAUACGGAAAAUAGUCUCUCUCUACAAACACAACUGACCAGCUUUUAAACAAUGGGAUGUGUGAUUGAAAAACCAGAAACAGGUGGUGCAAUGCAGAGGACUGUCCACUGAUUGGUCCACCUCAGCAAUCAGCAGACACCCCAACGACCACCAAUCAGGAACAUACAGGACACCUGUGAUUAGGGCAGAAGGAGAGGAAAAACACAAAAAGACACAGGAUACCUGUAUCCGUAACAUUCAGUAUAUAUUUAAAGUAAUGAUUUUAUAAUAAUAAUAAUAAUAUAUAAUAAUAAUAUAAUAAUAAUAUGCCAUUUAGCAUAUACGGGGGGCCAGUAUGAAAAAUAAAAAAAAUAUGCAUUCACUAACUGUAAGUCGCUCUGGAUAAGAGCGUCUGCUAAAUGACUAAAAUGUAAACGUACAAGACGCUUUACAGUCUUGCGUGCAUUUUAUUUUUUGUGUAUCGGUGGUCCCGGGGAUCGAACCCACUACCUUGGUAUUACAAGCGCCGUGCUCUACCAGCUGAGCUACAGAGGACCACGAUUUUAUACUGCAGUGUUGUUGUCUAUAUGUUAAUAUCCUCUGAUCUUGCACCAUGCAGUUGAGAGAUUGACAGUUCAAGUGAAUAAAUAAAUAAAUUGCUGAUGUAGCAGAGUGUGUGGGGCUUGCCAUUGUAAGGCAACCAUUCUAUUGGCUGCUGUUAGGCCGGCAAUCCAAAUCCUUCUCUGCCUGUAUGUUAACUUCAGUGAAGUCAUCAUUAAGCAGUAUCACAUUGGGCAGACAUGGGAUGGAUUUAGACAAAAUGCCUGACAAUGAUGAAGCCACAGAUUGCCAAAAGGAGAGAUCCUUUGUGCACUCCCAGAACAUGAAUAAAUGUGCCAAGAGUACCCUUGGGGCAGAGCAUACAGACAGGGGUUGAGUUUAUGUUAAUCUGGAAAAGUUGUUUAGGAGUGGCAUAACUGAUGUGGGCAAAAUUGUAGUGAGUCAUUUGGUGAUUUGGGUGUCUUGAUGUGAAUGUGAUGUUGGACCAGACAGAACUCCAGUUAAUAUCUACUGCUGGUAUAUCUUUGUUCCAUUUUUAAUAGAUUGGUAAUAUGUUGGUUUGAGUAGGAAUAUAUAUAUAUAAUUAGGAGACUACCCUUGCUGUUAUUAUUUUGUGGAUAGGAUGAGAUGAUCAGAUCCCCAGGGUACUCCAUAAGCACUUAGAGCAGAACGAAGCUGCAAAUAAAAUAAAAAUGAAAACCAGGCAGAUCAUAUGGCCUUUUCAAGUCUUGGAACGCAUGUAGGCUUCAACUGUCCACAAUGUCAGAGAGAGUAUGAAUUCCCCUCUCACUCCGAGCUGGAAAACAUAUUGGCUGGCCACCCAAGAGAAGACUGUAAUUAUUUAAAAAUUGCAUUUGGGGGUGAUGAUUAAUAAUAUAUUUGCAAUUGCUCCCAAUUGAACGCCAUACUGUAAGCAUUUGCGUGAUGAUAGGGCCAAAGGUGAGUUUUGUUUUUUUGAUAGGGAUGUUGGAAUAUACCAGAUCUUGGAGCCUGUACGGCUUUGCUAAAUUCUCCUCCAGGGGGCGCCAGGCCACUGGGACAUUGUGGUUAAACCACACACGUAAUGGUCGCAGAAUAAAGAUACUUUUUAACGGCAGCCAAGCAUCGAUCAUCAUGUCACUAGAAUAAGACCUUCGAUUUUUAUUGGAAAGGAGCAUCAAGCUCAUCACUGUUCACCACAACAUAUUUAAUCUGUAGCCCAAUUCCUGGCAGGACCGCACAACAUAUCAUUGGUAACUCCAAAUUUACUUCGAUAUUAUUGUUAUUAUAUAAAUAUUUGUGCAUAAAGGCGUUUCCACCGACAUUUCCCGCAUAAUUAAUUUUACCGACACAAAAAGAUCCCACCUUGUCUUGCGUAUUUUUCUUUGUCGACAUUUGGAACGUUUACUGAAAAAUUAGAUGUUUCCAUCAGGACUGUCGUGACAUUUUUUUUUCCCGACAUCUUACUUUACUCUCAGAUUUUGGCCGGUGUAAAACGUCUUGCUUCGCCUCUUCCUUCCUGACAAUGUCCAGUAUGUAUGGGUGGUUCCAUUUGGUUUUAAGCACUUUUUGACUGCACCCCUUUUGAUUUGAACAAACUUUCCAUACAUAUUAUAUAUAAGAUAAGGAAGAGUAUGUUAUGUCUCAACCGAUUGCGGUCAGAAGACAAACACCUCAGAUGAUGUAAAAUAGGGUCUAAAUUACAACAUAUGCGGAAAUCGAAAAAAAAACGGAGUUUAUGAUUAUUAUUAUUAUUAUUAUUAUUAUUUUUUUUUGGGGGGGGGUGGAUCAGCUUAAUAUUGCAGAUAGAUUGUAUUUUCUAUCAAUGUAAUUGUCUGCAUCACUUCCAAUCCCCCAUGCUUUUUAUAUAUAUAUUCCCCUUUAUUACUUUUCAACCCCACCAUCCUUUCCCUACUUGGAGUAAAUUAGUGAACAACAAUGCCCAGGCCUCUACUUCCGGUCUAUACUUACUAUCUACACCUUAUGGACAGAGUUAAUUUUACAAUAAUUCUAUUAUAUAUAUAUAUUAUUUAUUUUUUGCUCCUGAACUUCUUCUACUCUCAACCUCUCCGAUCAUUUUCAUGAUGUCCAUCCGGUUUGCUUCUAUAUGCCAUAUCUUUCUAACUGUGCUCUUUCCCAAAAGCUCCCAACAUACAACCUAUAUACUUAUUAUGGACACAGUAUGCUUACAUUAUUAGCUAUCUUUGUUAUUAUUUGUUGUUAUUUGUUAUUAGUCCCAUCCUUCAACUCUAUUCAAUACCUCCCAUCUAUCUCUUAACACCAUCCAUAUAGGAUUUCUAUUUGCCAUAUAUAUUUCAACCGUACUGUGAUGUUUUACAAAAGUUCUGAACCUUUCUAUUCUCAUUGCUUCUACAGAUUGUGAAUUAAAAAUAAACAUUUUUGCUAAAAGUAUUAUUAUAUUAUUGAUUGAUUGACUAUGACUUUUCAGAUCACCCAGUAAUGCUAUCUGCAAGGUUAGUUCCAGGUAAAUAUUGCAAUCCUUUAGCCAUUCCUGGACCUGUGUCCAAAAACAAGCUACAAAUGGACAGAACCAAAACAAAUGAUCUAAUGAUUCUGUCUCUUCACAGCAAACUCUGCAGAGCUGGGAGGAUUGUAUCCCCCAUAUAAAUAACAUUCUAUUGGUAGCAAGAAUUUUAUAUAAUAAUUUAAAUUGAAAGAUUCAAAUUUUUGAAUCCGGUGUCGUUUUGCGUGUCAGUUCAUAAACACUAUGCCAUGGGAUCGGUACGUCAAAGAUCUCUUCCCAACUAUUUUGCAAUCUAUAUGGGACGGCUGUCAAUCCUUUGGUCCUUAAGUGAAACUGAUAUACUUUUUUAUUUAUCACAGUUUUCCUUAACCAAUUAUGUUCUUUAAUGCAAGGCCGACAGACAAGUUCCUUACUUUCUCCCCCUUCCACUUUCCUCUUCCACUUUUGCGGUAAGGCUGCAAUUAUUUGGUUGUAAUUUUGGGUAGAGCAGACAUUUCCAUAUGUUUUUGUUAGCUGCAUGUGCGACAUAACUCCACCAGUCCUACCGAUGAUAUCAUUUACGAAGAUUAUACCCUUUUUAAACAUUCUGUCAAAAAAUAAAGGUUUUUUGUCAAUUAGUAUAUUUGAAUUUAACCACAAUAUUUGUUGCAUUAUUUGUUCUGUCGUUUCUGGAGGAUUAAAUUGAAAUUGCAACCAACUUUCUAUGGCUUGUUUUAGAAAUAGUGACAUUUGGGAGAUUAUUUCCUUUUCAAAUAACUGAAAGUGAGAGGUUGUAAUCUGAAUAAAGGGAAAAAGGCCUUUCUUGAACAUUGGGUGAGACAAUCUUACUUAUGAGUUUUUAGAUAAUUGACCUUAAAGGUUAAAUUACAAAUGUUAUUUAAAAAACAUUUUUACCCAAAAAAUUAUCAAAUAGUUUGAAAAACUUUUCUGUAAGCUUUUAAAUGAUAUCAAACUCAACCGUUUCUCUUUUCCAGUGAUGCAGACAUGGAUUUCUCAUGGUAUGGUGGGGUAUGCAAAAUGGGUCAACUUUGGCCACCUUUAUCUCCUGAAUGUUUUGGCAUUCAGGUCCAAAAAGUCACUUUCUGACCACUUCCACCAUGAGCAAAUAUGUAUGGAGAGUUUUGUUCAAAUCCAAAGGGGUGUGAUCAAAAAAGUGAUUAAAAUCAAAUGGAACAAACCAUAUGCAUAAUCAUCAUCAUCAACUGAUCUCUAGCUCCAUUGACUUUUUGGAUUGCAAUCUGACAAUUUGCUGUAAUUGUUCUGCUUUUCUCUAUGCAACAUGCUCCUCGGCUGUCAAAGAGAGAGAGGAGGAUCUCAAGCAGUGACAAGCUGGUGAAAGUCUUAUAGGACCUACUACAAUCCCAUGGUGAGAGAUGGACUGAGGAUCUGAGAGACGAUAUGCAUCACAGUUGCCAGUGCCACGGAGACUUGGUGCUCUUAGGGGAAAACACUUUUUCUCAGCCAGUAUGGAAGAAAACAGGUAUGAUAUAGUAUAGCAUACAAACUGUCAUCAUCUGUAGAUCAUAAUGAUACAGGCAUAAUUUUAUGUUCUGUUUGUGUUUGGUGUGAUAAUUCCAAUUAAUCUGUUACAGGUCCAGAUUUGUGGUCAAAGAGCUGGGUGAAGAACGUUUGGCAAAGAUAGGUCGAAUCUCCAAGAAUGGAUUCAGAACUCCGGUAGUGACCAUGCUAGUUGGAGGACAGCUGGGUGACACAUGUAGACAACAAUAUCAGGUAAUGACUCAUUUAACCCUUUCAAUGACAUUACUACAUUACUACUAGUAUUCGUUAAAAAAAUGGUACCAGAAGUGUUAUUUUGUAGUCUCUAGGGAAUAGUUGCAUGUUAUGUACUCCUUGUCCAAUUGUUUUGUCAUGUUUUACAACUUUCUUUCAGGUAUGAGUUUGAUGUGACCAGGUGCAUGUUCUCUGCUGGCAACAUCACAGAGAAGCUCAGGGUCGCCUCAUUCAACUGCAGUGGGGAGACUGUGGUGGAUUUAUAUGCAGGUAAGAAAAUACAUAUUGUAUAUGUCUGUGUAUAUUGUCCAUGAAUUACAGAAAAUAUUCUAUGCAUAAUUUAGCACUAUAGGAUUAUAUUGUUAUUCCUGAUGUUAUUCCUUAUAUUGUUAUUCCUGAUAAUGUUAUUCCUGAUAUUGUUAUUCCUGAUAAUGUUAUUCCUGAUAUUGUUAUUCCUUAUUAGGUAUUGACUACUUCACUAUCCCAUACUUGGUGCAUGCGGGGGCCUGCUGUGGAAGCCCUGCAGAGAAACUUGGAGUUAAAUGGAGUGUCACAUCGCUGCACCGCCCACCAUGGAGACAACCGGCAAGUAAGGAACAACAUCCUUAUACUGUAGAUCUGAAAUUAACCAGUUUAUGUGAUCCGAGAAUAAUCGGUUUGCAUGUUUUUCCAGCACCCUUUGUGUGACCUGGCUGACCGGGUGAAUUUGGGCCUCAUACCCAGCUCUGCGGAUGGCUAGCCUGUUGCCUGUCGACUGCUGAGGAAAAGGACAGGUGGCAUGUUGCAUAUUCACCAGAAUGUUACAUUUACAUUUGACAUUUUAGUAAUUUAGCAGACGCUCUUAUCCAGAGCGACUUACAGUUAGUGCAUACAUUAUUUUUUUUCCCCCUGUGGGAAUCGAACCCACAACCCUGGCGUUGCAAACCUCACCAUCACAUCAUAUUACAGACUGUGACACUUCCUCUGUUCCUGUCAUGGAGAGAGUAGACAUUUCUGGAGGAGACCAAGAGGAGGUGUCUCCUAAGUGGAGUGACAGAGAGGUUUGGGGUGCCUGGACAAAGGAAACAGCCAUCCACAUUGCCUCUCUGCUGCAGGACAUCACUGGGGGACCAUGGAGGACUGACAUCCAGCACAUUGAGCAUGUCAAGUCAUACGCACCUCACAUCCACCAUAUAGUACUAGUCUUAGAAUGCAGGCCACUCUGA